GGCUUCAUUCACAAGACGCUGCUGCCGACACACCGAACAACCUUCUACUCUUGUUUGUAACAAACACAUUCCGGAUUAUAUUUUAUGGAUUUAUAAAUGCACAUUUCACGGAUUGCACCAAGGCCUGGGAAGUGUUAUUCAAAAAGAGAUUGGAUUUUAGAAGUUUCCUCCAGCAGGGAACUGGAUUAAUGUCUUAAUGCAACUGUUUUGGAAAGAGACUAAGGGCAUCUUGACGAAGACUCCAAAUAAAACUUGUUACGGUGACAACCCGUUCUCGCCGGGCACAGUAGGUGUUUCGGCUUCUCUCGGCUCCACCGGGGAGAUGUUUCAGGGGUUCCCCGGAGACCCCGACACCGGCUCCCGUGGAAGCUCAUCUCCUUCUCUUGAAUCUCAGUACCUGUCGUCCGUGGAAUCCUUCGGGAGUCCGCCCACCACUAGCGCACCGCAAGAGUGUGUAUCAACCACUGGCGUGGUAGGGGUGGGUGGAGGGUCGACCGGCAGCGGGGCAGGGGUGGACAUGCCCAGCUCAUUUGUGCCCACAGUGACGGCCAUCACCACCAGCCAGGAUCUGCAGUGGAUGGUGCAGCCCACUCUCAUCUCCUCCGUUGCACCAGGGCAAAGCGGCACAGGCUCCAGCACCAUGACGCAGCCUGUUGCUUUGGAUCCUUAUGACCUGCCAGGCACAAGCUUUUCAUCUGGUGGAGGCUUCACCCCACCAAGCUCUGAUACUCCUGGCCCAGUGAGACAAUCUCGGAGCCGUCGCCGUGCACGGGAUGAAACAGUGAGUGAGGACCAUGACAGCAUGCUGACAGCUGAGGAGGAGGAGAAGAGACGUGUUAGACGAGAGAGAAAUAAACUGGCUGCCGCUAAGUGUAGGAACCGACGGCGUGAGCUCACAGACAGGUUACAGUCGGAGACAGACAUUUUGGAGGAGGAGAAGGCCGAGCUUGAGGCUGAAAUAUCGGAGCUGCAAAAGGAGAAGGAGCGCCUGGAGUUCGUCCUGGUCGCCCACCAACCCGGUUGCAAAAUUCCCUAUCACCAGGACCAGCCCCCCGCGCCGCUGCCGCUGCCACUGCCGCAGACGUCCCAGCAGAUGCCUUCUGUCUCCGUGGUGGGUUUGACUGUGAAGGAGGACACUUUCUACCUGCCGCCUGCCUACUCGUCCCACCACCACCACCACGUCCCGGUUUCACAGCCCACGCAGACACAGCCGGCCCCAGCACAACAGCAGCAAGGGAUGAUGCAGGAGGUAGCCUUUUCUAGUUCUUUCUAUGGGCAGGGCCAGCCGGCGCCGGACGGCCCGUGCCUUGUUGCCGACGGUGGCGGUAACCCUGACGCCGGCAGCUACAUCCCCUCAUACACAUCUUCAUUUGUGUUCACCUACCCAGAGGGAGCCUGCGGUGCCAGCGCUAACCAGCGAACCAGCAGUAGCGAUCAGUCCUCUGAUUCCCUGAACUCACCCUCGCUUCUUGCACUUUGAGAGCUCUGCUUCUCUCUGCCUCUGCUUGCCUUUUGACAGCAACACAUGCACACAUACAAAUUCAGACAUUAGGUAUAACAUCAGACGUUGUACUGAUGUUUUAGAUUAAAGCCUUUCGAUUUGAAACCGAGGCCCAGAUGCGUUAGCGUCUGAGUGACUUCAUCAAAUGAUGUAAGUGUAUAUUAAUUCACAAUGAAUUCAGGCUUAAUAUCAAGAUGAGUCAGUAGCCCAUGCACACACACAUACACACUUAAAUUGUCAUAGACAUUCAAAUCCGUUUGACGUAACAAAAAGAGCACAUCAGCGCACUCCCCCUUGCUUUGAUCUUUUCUCGUUCUGGCUUACAUUGGUGUAUCAUCUCCCUCCUUCUCUCUCUAUCCAUGCCAGGUGCCUGCUGUGUAUUUGUCUAAGCAAAAAAGGGGGCACAGAACUGCUUUGUGGGUUUGGUUUUUCGUUUCGGGCGUCCUUGCUACCCUUUCUUUCUCCAUCCAGUUCAUCCACACCUCUUCCUGUGACAAAAGGACAUGACCACACACUCUAUAGUACCUAUCUGUCUUUUUAUUUUCUCCCUCUGUUGUCCAUCUCCACAUCUGUUUCUCCUCUCUCCUGUCUCUAUGUACCUAUGGUUCUCUCUGAAGUCUUCGGCCCCUGAGAGCCCGUUGGACCCUGAAAACCCGUGGAACCUUGAGUGAGUGCCAGCCCACACUCCGACACCACAAAUACCCUUCGCACGGACCGGCCCACGGUGGAACCUCAAAACGAGCAGACAUUUCAAAAUACCGAAAACCAACCAGCUUCAGCACGCAGAUCAAAUGCCAUCUCAGAUGCCACCACACUGGCUAAAGGAACGGGACUCUUUAUUUCUCCUCAGCAUCGAGGAUUUGAUUUUGGAUGAGUGGAGGCACACUGGCUAGACUUUGGCAAGGCCAGCGGAGGAGUUUUGGAGAGCCCUUGUAAUGUGGAGGUAGGAGAUGGCGAGAGUAUUCACAAGACCAUGCUCUACCUGUCAUCUCCCGCUGGUCCCCUGAGAGCUUUCACAGUGUUCAACCUUUCCCCUUUCUCCAGGUGUUUGUUUGUUUGUUUCAUUCUGUGUUUCAAUGAUAGUAUUAACUCUGUUCUCAAAAGUGGCUUAUCUGAUGAUAACAUAAAAUGUGUUUGAAGAGCAUUUUAAUGAGCAACCAAAAAAAAAAAAAAAAAAAAAAAGGACAACCUCUUGGUUUUGGAUGAGUGGCCUCUGUGCUUCUAAAAGUCCUUGACAUAGUCCUUGAGUUGUGGAUGUGGUUAAGCACAGCUCUAGGCUUUGAUUGUGAAUGGAAGUCACAGAGUACUACAUCUCCAGUUGAUUUCUUUCUUUAAGGGGGUUGUUGUUGAUGAUUAAAAUGGAAAAAAAAAAGCACAAAUGCCAGCUGUGGACGGAAGGAACACGAAACGGUUGCCGACCUAAAGGACGGGAUGUGCUUCUGAAUAUGAACCGUUUACUUUCCUGUGAAUGUUUUUGAUGUUUUGAGUUACUGAUUUUUCAUGAUGCUUUUUCUCUUUUGCUCUUGAUUGUGCCGUUGCUGCCAAAUGGAAGAAUUUUGUGGGGCUGUUAGCUGCUCCUUCUAUCUGUUACUGUUGUCUUACUGCAGUUAUCACGGAUAUUGUUAUUAUGGUUAUUAUUAUUAUUUCAUAGUUAUCUCAUGUUGGCAACUAAAAAGGCAUGUGGUGCACUAUGAACAUUUUCUAUGGCUAAAACUAUAUAUAUAAAAUAUAUAUAAAUAUAUAUUAUGUAUGCAUACAUAUGUUUAGUGUGUAUAUAUAUAUAUAUAUAUAUAUAUAUAUAUAUAUAUAUACAUACAAUGAUUGUAAUGUAAUGUUGAAAAUGUUAUUUUUGUCAAUGAGAAGAGAAGGGAGAGCUUGAUGCACUUGGUUUUGUUUUAAACAUAGAUAUUUUUCUAAAAGAACAAAAAAUACAUAUUAUAAUAAACAAUAACAGCACACCUUUUCAUUAAUAUGAAAAGCAUUGUCACUGCCUUUCAUUGUAAUAUGUAUGAUGACUGUAUUGAAACUGUGGUGCAUAUAGUGACAUAUGUAUCACAGAUUUGUGCUGUGCUUGAUUUGUCAAUGAGGUUGGUUCCACAGCCCUUGUUCAUCAACCCCUGUGGACAAAACACACUGGACACACGUAUCUAUAAAUGCUUCAAUAAAUCAAUAAAUAUGCUAAAGAAAAAAAAGACGAUAUGAAUUGAGUGUCUCAAUGUAUUCUAGAUGAACAUCUGAUAUUCAGCUGUGUUUCUCAAGCAGUGGAGUUGCAUUGAUUAACCAUGUCCAGUGUGUGCUGUCUGCCCUUUGGCUUUUAUGUGUGUGUGAUAUUCAGGGCUUGAUGGACAACUUUCAACCAGACCCUUAUUAAUUCAUGUUACGGACAUGAGCAGAAUAUUAUGCAUGUCGACGUCAUACACAGAAGGGAAGUAUUUUACAAUUAGAUGAGGUCUAUUGUUCUUAUUAACUUUGGCUUCAUUGUGUGGAGUAUUUGAUGGGGUGGAAAUGAUCAUAUUUGUACAGUUGUUUAAAUCGAAAUGCCUUUAAAUUUAUAUACACAGGU